AUGGGCUCGGUGCUCUCCGCCAUCCGCUCCGCGGCCAAGACCGUCGGGGCGGUGGCCAAGCUCCUCCUGGACCUGAACAAGCAAUACCAGGCCUUGCUGGCGAGGGUCAACGCAGCCCCGGGAUUGCCGCACGAGAACCCUUCGAGCCCGUAUUGGCUCGACGACCCGCCGUUCCCGGAGCUCGUGGACGUCCGCUCCGAGACGCUGCCGCGCGAGGCCGACGUCGUCGUCAUCGGGAGCGGGAUCACGGGCGUCGCCGUCGCGAGGGGGCUGUUCGCCGCCGCGCGGGGCGAUGAUGGCGGCAUGCCAAGCGUCGUGGUGGUUGAUGCGCGGUCGUUGUGCGCGGGCGCCACGGGGCGGAACGGAGGCCACGUGAAGGCGAGCCCGCACGAGCUGUUUCCCAAGCUGGCGCGGCAUUUCGGAAAGGAGGGGGCGGCGCGGUUGACGCGGUUUACGCUGCGCACCGCGGAGGCUGUGUUAGAGGUUGGAGGGGCGGAGGGGAGGGAGGUCGCGGAGUGCCGGGGGGUUGAGACCGUCGACUUCUUCCUUGACGAGAAGGGGUAUGAGGCUGGGAAGAAGGAGUUUGAGGAGUUGAGGACGUGGGUUCCAGAGGUCGAGAUGGAGGUGCUGGGGCGGGAGAAGACUAUUGAGAGGUUUGGGGUUGAACAGGGGCAUGUUUUUGGAAGUUUGGUGUUCAGGGCCGGUGCGCUGUGGCCUUACCGGCUCGUUACUGCGGUGUGGAGGGGGCUGUUGGAUGAGCAUGGCGAGAAGCUGAGGCUGGAGACGAACACGGCCGUGGAGGAGGUCGUGUUGGAUCCCGCGAGGGAUGGGGAGAGGCCGUAUGUUGUGAGGACGGAGAGGGGGAACAUCCGGGCGAGGCAUGUGGUCCACGCCACGAACGCGCACGCUGGGCAGUUCCUGACGGGGUUGAGGGGGAAGAUGGCGGGCGUCAAGGCGCACAUGACGGCGCAGCGGCCCGCUCCGUCGGCUCCUGGGCAGGGCCAGGGGGGUGACGGAGGUGAGGCUGGGUUCCAGUGGAAGGAUGGAAGUAAACCGGGGAGCAGGUCAUGGAGCAUCAUAUAUGGAGGAGGCAUGUUCGACUACGUCACGCAGAGGCCGAACGGAGACGUCAUGCUGGGCGGUGGGUUCGCGCGGAGUCUGGGGCAGGGGGUGGAUAUGGUUGGCGUCUGGGACGAUUCCGGGACGGAAGGAUUGACAAUCGCGCACUUGUCGGGCGUCAUGAAGGCUUUGUUUGGGGGAGGUGGGAGGGGGAUGUGA